CUUUCGCUGAACGUCGCCGAAGUAACUCAGCUUCUGUCUUUGGCGGCUGCUGCGACCCAAUCAGGCUCGUUUCGUUUCGUUACGUUUCGAUUUCAGUUUCAAAUUCAGUUCCCGUGCAAAUCCCGAGGCGUCUGGUCGUGUCUCCGGACGAGUCGAGUCGAGUCACGUCCUGUAACAAUUCCCCCAUUGAAUCGCGCGGAUUUCGAUUGCUGUUGCCCUACUGCUGCCCAAAAAAGUAGGCAGCGCGAAUUGUGCAAGAAUCCCCCUCCAAAGUCGACUCCGGGCCACCGCAGAGUGUGCUUCUUAGCAGUGUCUGUGCAUUGGUGUUUAAAGCUUUAACUUGGCCAAGACUGAAACUUGUGGCAGCCAUGAAGAUGAUGUCGAAGGAUAUAUAAGACUGGAAGUCUACAAUUACCAAAGAACAUCCUUCUUGACACACGGCGUAAGUCAAACGGUUGAAGCGUUUUAAUUGCCACCGGCAGAAAGGAUUUCCUGUGCUUUAGAAGUGCGUGUCCUUGUGUGCUCACGUGUGUGUUUGUGCGCGUUCGGUUGAAAGGUGUGCGACUGGCAGACGGGCAAAGGAAAGGACCUCGCACAGCCCAAAUCCCUGGCCAGACAAGCCUUUGCGGGCCUUCGGUCGACACCCAUCAAAGCGGCUUACGUGCCCUAUACCCGAUACCCCGCCCAGUGACCAAUGGGCAGUGUCUAGGACGAGCAGACGCACUACUUUCACACAUCUGGGUCUGGCGAGUCGGAAAACAACUGCAAUUUGCCAGCAAUAGAAACACAAUUAUGGCAGAUUCGAACAAAGCGUCGUCAAAGUUCAUUACCAACAAUAAUAGAGGAAAUAACAGCAACAGCAAUCCAACCAGCAACAGCGGGGCCAGCAAAAUGUAAGCUGCGAAGUGGGUGGAACUGAAAAGGCCCGCUCAGCUAGGCAGUGGGCAAAAGGGUAACAGCAUCAGCAACAGCAACAUAGAAGCUGCAACAAUCGACAAGAGCAAUCACAACAACUGCAGCAGCAACAUUAAGAAAACCAAACCAAAACGCAACAUAAAUGAAGUUAACAAUCUGUCAAAUUGCUAAAUUAUUUCUGCUGUUGACAGCCUUCUUCUUUCUCAAUUCCCAACGCGGCGCUGCCUCUUCAGUCCUCGGUCUAAACAGCGCCAGUCCCUCCACUACCACCAUCUCCUCUUUCCAAGCCAUCCCUUCUGGAAGUAACCAUAGCUCUGGGACGCGUAUCCUUGAGCCGCUUGCGCCCAAGACAGCGACAGAUUUUGCUGCAACAUCAACAGUGGUUGCGGUAACGCGGACUUCCGCAGCAACAACAGCAACACAAACACUUGGAAACCAUUCACUUUCAGCGACAUCCACAGCAACAACAACAAGGACAGCAAAAGGACCACGUAAUGCGCGUGAAACUGAACGUCAGAAACGUCAAAAGCAACAGCCCCCAACUGCAACAAAACAGGAACAGCAACAUCAUCAGCGCCAAAAGCAGCCGAGGCAGCAACAUCAUCAGCAGUUGCAACAAGAGGGACAGCUACGUCAACGGCGACAGCAACAGCCGGAGGCCUCAAAUCAACGAGUGGGCGUCUUAAUCCCCCCCUCGUUGCACAUUGAUAUGAUGCAUGUGCAACAGGGCUUUAAGAAUUUUCUCGACUACUUUCAAGUCCACUUGCCCAAUGCCAGCGUGGAUUUUCUCCAUGAUGCCGAUUUAAGUGGCUUCAUUAAAUUACUGGAGCUGCCCAAAUACACGAGCGUUGUAAAGACUUUAAAUGUGGGCACUAAUGUAGACACCCUGGACGUGGACGAGAAUCGGGACGUGAACAAGGACCCGAAUCGGUAUGCGAAAGUGGGCAUUGACCCGUCCAAGCAGCCGCAUCAGCAACAUUUGAGCCAAAAGCAGGAGCGACAACAUCAUCAUCGUCAGCAGGAUGCCGAUGCGAAACAAGAGUCGGCGGGCCAGGAUACUCCGUCGGAGGGUCAGGGGGCAGGACGGUGGCAAGAAGCCCGCAGCCUGGGUCACUGUCAUCAUCUGGCUGAGCAACUGGCCCACGAUUACAAUAAGACCGUCGUCCUGUGGCCCUGUCCGCGAAUGAAAAUCUCCAGCAAUUUCCUUCCAUCAUUCGAGGCCAUUUCCUUGGCCGUACAGAGUAUUGCCAGCAAGCUGAACUGGUCGCAGGUCGACAUCUACGUGGGUGACGACAAUUGGGGCCUAGGACUCGCCAUAGCGGCCAACUUGCAUGUGCCGUAUCGCAUCGAAAUUGGCAGCACAAUACGUGACCUGCAUGGCCAGGAUAAGCCGGGCAAAGCAAUUAUCAUAACAGCUCCUCUAAACGAUGCCAGCACUCUGCGCCUUUUAGCCACCAUCGGCCAUGAGUGGGGCAGGAGUCAGAGGAAGGAUGCGGACAGGGACACACACCCCCGGAGGCCCCACACGAAAAUCCUGUUCAUCGACAUGGUGGCCGGCUCAUUGGAUGUCGAGCAUCGGUUCUACAAAUAUUUGGCACGCAUCGUCAGUGCGGAACGGGGCAGUGCCUCCAAUGCCAAUUCAAAUUCAACCACCAGCCUGGUCAGUAGCAAUCUGUUGGUGCUGACUCUGCUAAGCGACCGACACCGACACUUUCUGAAUGCCGCCGGUCUGAUGGCAACAAUGCAGCAUUUUCGCACGCCCCAUGGAAGCUCGGAUGUGGGUGUAAUUCCCAGGGGCGGCCACACUCAGAACGACACAGAACCUUCGGCCAGUGGCCUGGACAAACUGUAUCCCUACCGCAGCCUCCUGCCGCUCUACGACUUGAUUGUCAACACUGCAACCGAUUCGGAUCAGGCGGAAGCCAUUGCCAAAUUCGAUUUCGUUGUUCUGGACAUUUUGCAGGAUGUCCAGGCGGCCAGUUUCAAGUGGCGCCCGCUGCUCAUCCUCGAGAGGGAAGAACGGCGGGGAGAGAACGACUCGCAGGAUGGAUCGAGUGGCUCGUACAUCACCCACUCCGUGCAGCCGGGCUAUGACGAGUGGCUCCUCGUCAGCAGCGUCCAGUUGUGGCAUUGUGGAGCCAUCUGCUGGACCAUAGUGGCGAUCUGCGUGGGGGUGCUAGUGAUCAUCGUGGCUGGAAGUGUGGCGGCAGGAAUUGCAAUGAGAAACUAUUUCCUGCGAAAACGUCUCUCCAAAGGACCCAACAAGAUAGUCCUUUCCGCCAGCGAUUUUGUGUUUCCGGUGGAUUCGAGAAGGGUGGACGAAGGCAUCGAAGCUAUGCUCUGUUGUUGGCUACAACAGCUGCAGGAGUUCGGUGGUCCGGAAGUGGACAAACCCGACCUGCUCAAGGGCUCCAUUGGCUCUCUGAAGAAUCUCGGAUUUGUCAUACCCGGGGCAGCAGCUCCGGGGAACUCCAGUGGAGGUGCUGCCACCACCACAGUCAACGGUAAGAGCGGAUCUUCGGCCACGGGAAGCUUGGCGAGGCACAAUCCCGCCCACCUGGAUAUGCGGGCGCGGUACAACGGCGAUCUCGUCCAGUUGAAGGAGAUCCACAUGAACGGCUCGGCAGAGCUGCGCUCCAAGGCGAUGGAUCUGCUAGUGAUGGCCCACGGGCUACGGCACGAGAACAUAAACCCACUAAUAGGCUGGCUAUCCGAUCCUAAUCGUACGGCGAUGGUUUUCGACUACUGCUCAAGAGGAUCGCUGCAGGAUGUGCUCAUCAUGGACGAGAUUAAGCUGGACUGGUCCUUCCGCCUAAGCUUGCUGACGGAUCUGGUGAGGGGGAUGCGAUACCUGCACACGUCCCCGCUGCGCGUUCACGGCGCCUUGACCUCCAGGAACUGCGUGGUGGAUGCCCGCUGGGUGCUCAAAAUCACCGACUACGGACUCAGCUCUUUCUACGAGUCCCAGGGCCUGACUCCGCAGCCCAGGAGCGCCAAGGAGUUGCUGUGGACAGCGCCGGAGCUACUGCGCAGUAUGAAGCACCACCAGCAGCAGCACCACCAUCACCACCAACACGGUAGGAUCCAGCUGGGCACUCAGCCCGGAGAUGUCUACUCCUUUGGGAUCAUUAUGCAAGAGGUGGUGGUGCGCGGCGAGCCCUACUGCAUGCUCUCUCUGGCCCCGGAGGACAUCAUCGCCAAGAUCAAGAAACCCCCGCCACUGAUUCGACCCUCCGUUUCCAAGGGAGCCGCACCUCCAGAGGCCAUCAAUAUCAUGCGGCAGUGCUGGGCCGAGCAGCCUGACAUGCGACCAGAUUUUAAUUCAGUUUAUGAGCGCUUCAAGAUGCUCAACCAUGGACGAAAGGUGAACUUCGUAGACACCAUGUUCCAAAUGCUCGAAAAGUACUCGAACAACCUGGAGGAACUCAUUCGAGAGCGAACCGAACAACUCGACAUUGAACGAAAGAAGACUGAGCAGCUGCUGAAUCGCAUGUUGCCAAGCUCUGUGGCUGAGAAACUGAAGAUGGGCUUGGCCGUCGACCCGGAGGAAUUCUCCGAUGUGACUAUAUACUUUAGCGACAUUGUUGGUUUUACAACAAUCGCCGCCCACUGCAGUCCCGUGCAGGUUGUGGAUUUGCUCAACGAUCUCUAUACGAUCUUCGAUGCCACGAUCAAUGCCUACAAUGUCUACAAGGUGGAGACCAUUGGCGAUGCUUACAUGGUGGUGAGUGGCCUGCCCGUGAAGAUACCCGAUCAUGCCGAGCAAAUAGCCACCAUGGCCUUGGACCUACUGCAUCAGAGUGGCCGCUUCAAUGUGAAGCAUCUGCCUGGAGUUCCGCUCCAGCUGAGGAUUGGCCUUCACACAGGUCCUUGCUGUGCCGGAGUGGUAGGACUCACGAUGCCCAGAUACUGUCUUUUUGGAGACACGGUCAACACAGCCUCUCGGAUGGAGUCAACGGGAUCCUCCUGGCGGAUUCACAUGUCCCAAGAGACAAGGGACCGGUUGGAAGCACGUGGAGGUUAUGCGAUAGAGCCACGGGGUCUCAUUGAUAUCAAGGGAAAGGGCAUGAUGAACACGUUCUGGCUACUGGGCAAGAAGGGAUUCGAAAAACCACUUCCAGCUCCACCUCCAAUUGGAGAGAGUCAUGGAUUGGAUGAAUCUCUCAUUCGCAACUCGAUAACCCUGAAGGCGCAGGCCAACAAGUCCCGGACGAGCACAAAUCCCUCCUCCUCGCAAAGCUCAUCCCUGGCUGGAGAGUCCGUAGAGGUCAAGGUGGAAAUAACCCCACCCACGAAUGCGGAUCUGGGAUCCGGUGCUAAUUUGCCCAACUCCUACUCGCUGGACUCCAAUUCAACGAACACCAUCAGCCCGAAUGCCACGCUCUGUCCUGAAUUCCCGGGAAGUAAAACGACGCCCAGCAGCACCAGUCCACAGUCACGGAAGCUGUCGGAACUCGCGCCGGACAAUCUCCUGAAUCCGAACAACUUCAACCGGCUGCCGAACUCGGCGGGCGGUUCCAGUUCCAGGCUGUACAAGAAGAUCGAGGAGAUGAUGGACCUCAGUUCGCCGUAUAAUCACUACAAAUGUCUCAGUCCCAGUGAGAGCAAUCUGACCCAGUUUUAUGACGGCAAAUAUCUUUACGGGAUGGCGGGGGCCGGGGCGGGCGUCACCGGAACCGGAAACGGUAACAGCAGUGGCCCGGGCAGUGGCGUCGGCUGCUCCUCAAUAGUGGGAAGCGGCAUCGGAAUUGGAGGAGUCAAUCGGUACGACAGUAAGCCCGGCUCCAGUCGCCUGCUGCGUCGCCAGUUCAGCCUGGACCGCGACGACCAGCAGGCGAAGGGAGAGCAGCAGCACCAGCACUCCCUGCAGGCGUCUAAUUACGCCUCCUUGGUGGGCGGGGCGGUCGGUGGAGGAGGUGGUGGGCUGGGAAGCGGAAGCUCUGGGGUCAAGAGCUCCAUGCUGGAUAUACCCCUCCUCCACGACACCGCCAGGAGUCCGAAGGGAACGCUGACGCGGGCCCACAAACAGAACUCGGCCUCGAUCGCCCAGGAUCUGGAGAAGAUCGAAGAGAUACCGUUGUCACCGGCCUCCUCGCAACAUCACAGCAGUCUGGACAGCAAUCUCAACCGCAGUCCCCCCUCAACCCUGGAGGCGCAGUCGCCGCCACUGCCCUCGCUACCGCCUCUGGCGCUAAGCCCGCCCCUGCUGUCUGCGCCCACGUCGCCCGCCCCCUCGCGAACCCUCAAUGGGAUGUACCCCCACAGCGGCGCCAACAGCCAAAACAGCUCCAACAGCAACACCAACAGUGGAGCCACCAACAACAAUAAUGGCUCUAAUCCUGGCCCAGAGCUGACGCUCAAUGCCGAGCAACUUCUGAGCAGAUAGGGCACAAUCUAAGGCCCCCAGAAUCGAAAUGAAAGGGCGGCCAAUCAAAGCUUUAGGUCUCAACCGAACCCAGUUUGAGUGUGCGAGUGAAUGGUACAAUGAUACGAUAUAAGAUCCAUUAAAUAUCCAUUUUAUUCAAAAAUGAAUAAGCAAAAUGAAGUAGUCUAGACAUAGCCAUAUUAAAGUUAUCGAUUUUCAUUCCCUUUAAAAACACAUAAAAAGGAAUAUCCUGCAAUAAUUUCUUACAAUAGCUCUUUUUUCGAUUAAGAUUUAUGUCGUAUCAUUCGAAUAAGGAAGUGAGUGUGUCGUGUGAGUAUGUGAAUGACGUGCCAUUGUUGUGAUGUGGAAAGCAAAGUACCUCGAUGCAUGCCAACUCGAUUCCAGCUGCAAAAGAAAGUACAAUUUAGUUGAGCAUUAGUUCAAGUUGUGGUUAGUAAAAAGAGUCACAGUCCAUUGUCCAUUGUCUCCAUAGAAUGAAUCAGCAUUAUAAGAAAUCAAAAAUCUAGUCAAGUGAAUUAUGUUACCAAAGUAGUACAAAUUAAAAACAUUUCUUCAACAAAAGAUCUAUGGCUUUUCUGUUUUUUCCAUAUUGGUAGCAUAUAACUAAAUUUGUUCACCAUAGAUUUUAAAAUAUCUUCUUAAACCACAUCUCAAAAGUAAUAAUCAAAAACCAUCAACAUUCCGAAAGGAAAUCCACUUUUAUACUGACACUCUCUUUAAUCCUCAAGGGACUACCAUACUCGUAAAGUUGAUCCAAACCUUUGGACUGUUUCUUUGUUCCACUCGCAUGGUUUUAUAAGUAAAAGUAGGAUAUGUAUACCAAUAAUAUAGGGAUAUGUGUACACGAUGUUCCUUUUGAGAAUCAAAAAAAUAAUUAAACUUGAAUUCAGUCGAAAUAUUAGCGAAUAUAGAGGACAUUCAAACAUAUUUAUCGAAUAAGAAUCGCAUACGUGAAUUUAGUUUUCUAAAGACAAUCGUUGUUACUUUUAAAUGAAACGCAGAUCUAUGUGGACUAAUGGGGAAUAACCCGAGGAAUCGAUGACGAGGAUGAUUGUUUGUCUCACUGUCUAUGAUAUAUGGUAUAUUUUGUAAUCGCUCUAAGAUAAUGGUGUUUAGUAUAGUCGGAUUGUAAACUACUUUCAUCCAGUGCAUGCGUUUCGAAAAUUAACUGAAAUCUAACCGCAUUGAGGAAAUCAAACUAAAAUAUCAGUUAAAAUACAUACAUAUAGACUCUAGUCCUUAGCUAAUUCAAGCGGAAUGUAAUUCAAAGCCAACUCAAACUAUCCCACUAAACUUUUAUAACUAACCCAAAGACUAGUCUUAAGAAAAAUCAGCAUCAUUUCCUACCUUAUACACUUAUUUUAUUUGUUUUAAAAUUCAAAUGUAUUGGCUGAUUAAAAUGUUGCGACAAUUACAAGUCAAUUAAGUAAAAGCCAGUCACUAAAAAGUGCAUUCAUAUGUUAUUCGUUUAUCUGUGAAAAUGCAUUCAUUUCGAGGUUAAUUAAGAUCACAAUUUUUUAUUCCGACUGUCAUUGUGUUGUUAAAGUUCCUUUUUCCACUUAUGUCAAACUGUAUUUUGUUUUCCGCCAGAUCCAUUUAUGGUAUACAAAUAAAUAAAUGCAUAAACUUAUUAAAACCCA